CGGAUUUCUCUAGCCUGUCACCUGCGAAUUCAGGUCUGAUUCCCAGCAGUCAAGUCCCUGGAAAUUUUGCUUUGUGCAUUUAAUCAUCGAAGACCUCAGGAUCCUUGCAGACGCGAAUAACAGUAAAUUUUCGAUCGAUCAACAGGUGUUUAUUUACCUUUGAAGCUUUCGGUUUCUCUGUCCAAACUUUGUCCCGCAAAUGCCACAUCGCGUAGUUGCAGUUAUCACCUGUGAUUGUAACAAACUCCCGGUGCAACCGAGAUCCAUUAGUGGUUUGGUGCCUGGGUAACUUACCUAGUCGAAGAAUCCCGACCGAGAAAUUACCUGACCAAGACCCAAGCGUCGUCACGACUCCGCCAAACAAAUCUUGCGUCCAAUUCUGACUUCCGUCAUCCAUAUGAUGCACCAGAAAGGAUUCCGUUGCGCAUCGCCUCGAUUCCCCGCAGCGAUCAACAUGACAGACGGGCUGCACUCGGCAACAAUAUCAAGAAUACCUGCUUCGGCGUAUCACCAUGCUACAUAGCUAUCCAUAUGAUUCAUUCGAGGUGUCUACAAUGAAAACUAAGCGUGAUACUGCCUAAAUUGACCACUCACCACAGGAAUGAAGAACUUCCUUGGCCCGCGGUGAAACAACAAGUGUUGAUCCAGUCAUUGUAUGCCCACCCGAGACUGAGACACCAUGGCAAGCGUUGCUAUCACGAUAGUAGGUGGAAUGUGUUGCUCCCCUACAACCCGAGGACCGUCACAAAAGAUAUAUCAUGGCAACCUGUCAGCCAGUAAUGGACUGGAGAGCAUCACGCAUUGUUUAUUCGGUUCUUUUCCACCACCAAGUCGACACAAUGAUUCGAUUAUACAUUCUUCUCUGCCUUCUACCAUACCUCUUCCUUACCACCCCAUUCACCCAUGCGGCCCUACUCCCUCGUCUCCAAGGUUCAAAAGCUUCAUUCAAACUGCCAGGCGUAGUCUUCAGUGAACCAGUGGCUCGAUCUUUCAAGGUGGUACCUUUCAAGGAGCUUCCUGGGGAAUCACACCAUGGUCAUGGACUUCACCACACUCUCGGCCUUGUGAAGCGAUUGGUUGAAGACCAGGGCGAUAUGGUCGAGGUUACCGAGGAAGCCCUCCAGGAACUUUUGGAUCAGAUCAACAAACUCCAUGAGCAGGUGAACAACAUGAUGCCAGCUGGUGCGACGGACAAACAGCCUACUCUGGGGGCAGGCGCUUCGUCGGGGGGCCAGUCUGGCCAAUCUGAUCAAUUACUUGCAGGUUCUUCUAAUGAGUCUACUGGUAGCGAACAGUCCGAAGAGCCUGCUCCCUCUGGCAAAGCUGGUGUUCCCCAACCGGGCGUUGCUUCGGGUCCAUCAGAAGCUCCUGUAGUUUCGGACCCAUCUCUACGAUCCCCGUUGCCGUCACAGGCGGACGCAGCCACGAUUGUCGAGCCUCAGGCUCCAGGCGCUUCAGCUCAACUAGAUGCAUCGCAGAUAGAUACCGACAGGCAAGCAAAGACUGACCUGACGCAGCCUGCUGCAAAUCCCACCCAGGCAGCAAAGGGCGAAUCUACUGAUCCGUCUAGCGAGCCUGAGGCUGAAAAACUGCCUGGCAACAGCGCUGUCGUGACCCUUCCUAAGGUUGCAAGUGCUUCUGGAAAGGGGAACAUCAUGGAAUCAGGCGGUAGUCCCAAGAAUGCUGUUGCUCAACCGACUGGCGAGCUUCAGGCUUCGACGGGAAGACAACCUAGCACAGCGCAAGAUGUCAAACCGACAGAGAAUGGAAAGGCCAAAGAUCCUAGUAUCUCAUCUGUCAAGGAGGUUACUGGGGCCACUAGUACUACGCCCGGGGUUGCAUUUGUCGAGAAUCCCGAUGCCAUUGCCCAGACGGUCACGACCAAUGUCAGCUCUGGCGGGCAGACUAGUACUUCAGCAACGAAGGAAACUCAGAGACCAUCCGGUGCCAAAGAUGAUGAGUGUGUUGACGAAGUAAGUGAUCUGCCCCUCAUACGUCGAAAACCUAACUGCACACCAGGUAGUAGGAUCGAAUCCGCGAGCGAGCCAGCACAAGAUACCACGAUAACAGUUGUCCUCGUACCUACUCCAGAGGCAGAUCCUUCCAAAGCCUCUGCAGCGGAAGCCGGGACACAGAUAACAGAAGACUCUCCUGCAACUGCAAAGGCCGAGGGAGCGGCCCCAGCGUUAGAGACAGAAGCCACCUUCACCCCAGACAUCAAGGCUGGAGACUCUCAGCAGCUCGCAGCACCAACCCUACUCCUAAAUCCGUCUUCUGUUUCUAGACCUGGGCCAACAGCGUUAAGCCUCAGAACUCUCGUGUUCACAUCUGUCCUUACAAGGUCUUCAACCAUCCUCGUAACUACUGUACGCACAGAGUUUGUUAAUGCAAAUCAACCCACUGCAUCAUUGAAUGCCCCCGGCCAUGUUUUCAAAGAAGACGAAGACGCAGACACGAAUGCAGCAUUCAACAAGGAUGGAAAGCUUGCUUUGGAAGGGAGUGUCAAUGAGGGAAGCACACCAGAAACUGUUAAAGGAACUCCUCUCGCGUUAGAGACUACAGCCAUUCUGACCACAACCACGACCACCAUUAGUUUGAGCCAUGCUGAUGUCUUGACAACCCCUGAACCCAGCCAAGAGCCUCUGCCUCUUUCUUCACUAUCGUCUCAAGAUGCUGUAAGCAUCAACGGGACAUUCCAUGCAACACCAAACAGUGGAUUCAGAACAAUUCCGAGGUCGUCAGCUAGUCUGUCAGAGAGAGCAUAGACGCGGAUAUGCAUGACUUGCUCAGGAGUUAAGCGCCUUAAUGAUGUUUUGGUUUGGUUGUUUUAGAAUGAUCACUAUGAAUUUAUGUUGGAUUCCCCCCCUUUUAGCACGCUUGUCAUCCAAAUGAGAAUUAAUUCCUGUUUACCCUCAGAACCGUGCCAUUGAAAAGCAAUAGCACGUAACUGUCAAUAGUCCUGCGAAUACUACACCCUAUCAACUUUUGAAACUCUACAAAGCCUUAUCCCGAGCCAAGGGUAAGCAAGCUGUAGUUGAAUGUAUACAUUCUCACUAAUGAUACGGAUUGUCAUUAGCGGUAAUAAAAAAAAGUAUGAGAA